AUGUUGAAACUUUUGAUAAACAACAGAGACAUCUCUCAAGAUUUUAUUGAUUCUGCAAUUUGUUCACCGAAAGACUUCAAGUGGCUGAGCCAGAUGAGAUAUUAUAUGAAUCAAGAUUCCUUAAUCUCUAUACAAUUAUUCCACUACUCUGUGGACUAUGGUUAUGAAUAUUUGGGAAAUUGUGGACGUCUUGUCAUCACACCCCUGACAGUCAGGUACCAACGUGCAGUUUUUGGAGCAAUCCAUCAUGUAACUGGUUCAGCACCCGAAGGACCUGCAGCUACUGGUAAAACUGAGACUGCCAAAGAUCUUGCUAAGGCUCUUGCAAGGUACUGCAUUGUUUUCAAUUGCUCAGACAGACUGGAUUAUGCUGCUUUGGUGAAGUUCUUAAAGGGUAUGGCCUCCUGUGGUGCCUGGUGUUGUUUCGAUGAGUUUUCUCGUCUAUCUCAAGGCGUUUUGUCAGCAGCUGCACAUUAUCUUCAAGCGGUUUUGAGAGCCAUAAGGGCUGGUCAGGACACUGUCACUCUGGAUGGAACUCAAUUGAGAUGUAGUGCUGAUUGUCAUGUUUUUGUUACGUCUUUGCCUCCUGAUGUUUAUAGAGGACGAUGCAGUCUUCCUGACAACAUCAAGGCACUGUUUAGACCGAUUUCGAUGAACGUAGCAGACUACAGCAUAAUUACUGAAAUAGAACUGUACACCUACGGUUGCUUAAAAGCCAAAGAACUUUGUACAAAACUGGUGCUCUUUUACAAAUUACUGGACGAUCUGGUGCCGACACAGAACCAAUACGAUUUUGGUCUUAGAAAUUUAAAAGCAGUUCUACGACUGACUGGUGAGACUCUCCAGAAUGGUUCCAAGGAAGAUCCUGAAAACAUCAUUGUGCAGAGUUUAAAAAUUAAUCUUCUAAAAGAUACAUUUUCAUCAAUUGAUAUUCAACAUGAAGAAAUUGUUGAUGUUUUUGAUGAAGCCGUUAAAAUUUGUUGUGAAAAUUCGAAAUUACGAUUUGGACACAAACUUUUAUCGAAGGUGAGACAAUUGUACGACACUAUACGUUCUCGUCAUGGCCUAAUUGUUUUAGGAUCACCGAUGUCAGGAAAAACUACAAUUUGCAAUUUACUUGCAGAAACUUUGGGUUUCCUUAAUAAAAAUGGUAAUUUAAAUGAAUACAAAGUAUCAAAAGUUAUUAUUCAUCCAAAAGCAGUAACAAUUGCGGAAUUAUUUGGAGAAUUCGAUUCGGCACGAGAAUGGCGCGAUGGAAUCCUUUCGAUAAAUUAUAAAUUAUUUGCAAAUGGCAAAAAUGGAAACAGAAAAUGGAUAAUUUUCGACGGCACCAUGGACUCCAUAUGGGUAGAAAAUCUGAAUACUGUCCUGGACGACAACAAAAAAUUAUGCCUGAUGUCCGGCGAGAUUGUUCCUUUGCCGCCCCUGACAAACCUGAUCUUCGAAACUGUUGACCUGGAUCUGGCGACACCAGUAACAAUCUCAAGGUGCAGUAUAGUUUACCUCGACGAUCAGUUCAUCAACUGGGAAGACCUGGUGCCAACCUGGAUGAGCACUUUGCCAAGUCGUAUAAUUUCUGGACCACACAAAGAUACCAUUAUGGGUUUGCUGAAAAGAUUUAUCAAUCCAUUGAUUUGGUAUAUAAGAAAUGGAGGGCUUAAGCAAACUGUAACCAGCACUAUUAUAAAUUUGGUGAAGUCGCUGAUGAGUAUAUUUGAUUGCUUUAUGAAUGAUUUUAAUAAUGAGAAGUAUUUGGAAACGCUGCAGGAUUUGGAUAUCAGAGCUCAAUUAGAAGGUUCUUUCUUUUUCUCCUGCAUCUGGUCAUUCGGAGGCGCUCUGGACGAGUCCAGCAAAUCCAAAUUCAGCGUUCUCUUCAGAGCCUUACUUGACAAAGAAUUUCCUGCUGACGUCAAAGAACUCCUAAAACUUCCUGAAGACUUGUGUGCAUCACCAGCAAAACCUUAUAUAUACAUCAUGCCCAAAGAUGGAAACAGCGUAUUUGACUUCAAAUAUAUCAAAGAGGGGAAAGGUAAAUGGCGUCCCUGGUCUGAUGAUUUAGCAAGUAAUCCAGCAGUUAUACCCAGAGACAUCCCUGUUAGCCAAAUUAUUGUACCAACGACUGAAACCAUGAAGUUGUCUUGGUUGCUAUCUUUGCUGGUGCCGAAUAAGAAGCCUGUUUUGUGUGUUGGACCGACAGCAACUGGAAAAACAUCAUGUAUAGCGAACUACUUGAUGAAAAAAAUUGAUACCACCACAAACGUACCAUCUGGUUUAAAUUUUUCAUCCAGCACAAACGCUGCUGACGCCCAAGAAUUCAUAAUGUCGCGUAUAGAUAAAAGACGAAAGGGAAUUUAUGGUCCACCUUUGGGUAAACGUUUACUGGUUUUUGCUGAUGAUAUGCAUUUGGCUGUCAAACAAGACCAAGAAUCGACACCAGAUGAUCCUGGAUCAGCUUUAGAAAUUUUAAGGGGUUGGUUGAAUAAUGGUACGUGGAAGGAUUUGAAGACUGGAUCCGAUAUUUUGAUACAGGAUGUGCAAUUAUUAGGUGCUGCAACAAUUACAAGAAGCCGUUGGGAAACUGAUUCACGAUUUACAGGACUUUUUACAGUGAUUUCUUUAGAAGCUUUUAGGGAUAACAUCAUUACGACUAUUUAUAGCAAGAUUGUACUUUGGCACCUGGAUACAAGGGGAUUUUCUAAAGAAUUUGAUCCUUGUAUUUCUGAACUGGUAGGCGCAACUUUAGCAGUAUACAAUGCAACCAAAAAUAAACUUUUACCAACACCUUGCAACCUACAAUACAAGUUUAACUUAAGAGAUUAUUGCAGAGUUAUACAGGGGGUCCUUUUGUCGGUUCCUGAAAGCACUGAAGGACUUUCUGCUAUUAAAAGGCAUUGGGUGCAUGAGGUGGUACGAGUAUAUGGUGACAGAAUGACUAACUUGGAUGAUAAACAAUGGUUUUAUAAACAAUUAGUCGAUGUGGUGCAGCAGGAGUUGCAUGAAACGUUGGAUAAAAUAUUUGCAGACUCUACCACCGAGGAAGAGGUAAGUAGGAAUGGAUACAGUUAA